GACCGUGACGUCAGGUCCUUUCCUAGGAUAGGAACUACUAGCCGCUACCGUGGACGCAGGGUGAUGACGCAGGGGUCUGCAUGAUUGUUUUCUGCGUGCCCUGGUGAUUCCUUCUGGAUGGUUAAUUCGUUAACAAAUCCCGGCAACAGGUUGCUUUAGUGACCCGAGAUGUUCGCUUCGUUAUUUGUUUCGAAAUGGCCGUAACGCGUGAACUAGAAUGUGUCGUUGUUUGAUGACGUUCUGAGUAGAGGUGGAGCUUCGGUUGUUGUGGAGUGGUUCCGUGGAAGGAAGGGACGGGUGGUGCACGGAUUUGCGGGUUGGAGUGAGCGGUAUUGAGGGAGAAAAGGAGUGCCUGGGAACAUGCACAGCCUGGCCACUGCAGCGCCUGUGCCGGCAGCUCUUGCUCAGGUGGACCGAGAGAAGAUUUAUCAGUGGAUUAAUGAAUUGUCCAGCCCUGAUACCCGGGAGAAUGCCUUACUUGAGCUCAGCAAAAAGCGAGAAUCCGUUCCAGACCUUGCUCCCAUGUUGUGGCACUCAUUCGGCACAAUUGCAGCACUUCUUCAGGAAAUUGUCAAUAUCUAUCCCUCGAUAAAUCCACCAACUUUGACUGCACAUCAGUCUAACAGAGUCUGCAAUGCUUUGGCACUACUUCAGUGUGUGGCGUCUCACCCAGAAACCAGAUCUGCGUUUCUUGCUGCCCAUAUUCCUCUAUUCCUAUAUCCUUUCUUGCACACGGUCAGUAAGACUCGACCCUUUGAAUACCUGCGACUUACCAGCCUAGGAGUCAUUGGUGCUCUUGUGAAAACUGAUGAACAAGAAGUCAUAAACUUCCUUCUUACCACAGAAAUAAUCCCAUUGUGCCUACGUAUUAUGGAGUCUGGAAGUGAACUAUCCAAAACAGUUGCUACUUUUAUUCUUCAGAAGAUUCUCCUCGAUGAUACGGGUUUGGCUUACAUUUGCCAAACUUAUGAGCGCUUCUCUCAUGUUGCAAUGAUUUUGGGGAAAAUGGUUCUACAGCUUUCUAAGGAGCCAUCAGCAAGGUUGCUGAAACAUGUAGUGCGCUGUUACCUACGCCUCUCAGACAAUCCAAGAGCACGAGAGGCAUUGAGGCAGUGCUUACCUGACCAGCUGAAAGAUACCACUUUUGCACAGGUACUUAAGGAUGAUACCACAACCAAGCGCUGGCUGGCACAGCUUGUUAAAAACCUGCAAGAAGGUCAGGUCACCGACCCUAGAGGAAUACCCCUGCCUCCCCAGUAAUAUCCUUACAAACAGGAGGCAAUAUGUGAAGCAGCUUGUUAAGUUUGCAGAGCAAACAGCAAGAGGAGAGGAAUAUGAUGGAAAAAUAAAACAUUGGCACUAAUCUUGCUUGCCUCUUAGUAUAGUCCUGCUGCAUUGCAUCUAAAAGCAGGUGAACCAUCGAACGUCUCAAGGAUACAGAUCUCGGCACCAGCAAAAUGGGACUGCUUCAUAAACUAAGCAAAUUGUAUCAUGAGGACCAAGAGAUGGCAGUUUUAGUAUGCAAUAUACCAUGUUAUUGUAGUGUGGGAUGGCAUGGUCUGUCUUCUAGUGCAGGGCAGGCAGUAAGCAUCUAACAUUUUACUAAGUGUUUACAAAAAAUAAAUAAAUGAAAAAUACAGCCAACAGACCUUCCUGGGAACCAAUCUUCUAGCUCCUGUGGCCAGCAAUAGAUCUGUCCUCCACCGGUUGCCUUUUCUCCUCCUGUGCUUCAGCUUAUUCCAAACACUAUGGCAAGUUCUGCUUUCAAAUACAUGCUCUUUUUCAAGUGAUUUUUGUGCAGGACAAGCUUUCCUUUCAAUACGGACUGUGAACACAUGCAAGUAACCAUUUCUGCGAGAUUUUGACAAUGUCAUAGAGCAGCUUUGGUAUUUUGAAGCAUUUGUCCAUUAACCAUUUAAGGACAAAUUGUUUAAUUAAAGUAUUUCCUAAUGCAGCAGUGGGGUUUGAACAUCAUUAAUGUAAUGUAUUUCAUGGCUGCUACUCUCCUAUACACCAGAUCUGAAGGCAGAGCUGGAGUCUAUACAAUGGGGGAGUUAAAGGGCACAAUAGAUCCCCAACAUCUUUGACUAUUCAGGGAAAGGGCCUCAACAGUAAUACUAAAUAUUAGGACUGACUGAAUGCAGCCUUCAACUGUUAUUGAAUUAAAACUCCCAUCAAGGACCUUUGACUUAUAAUUCAAGAACAAAUCAAUAGAUGGAAUAAUAAAUAAGUAGGCAUCAUUAAA